GCCUCGACCAAAAAGGAUCGCGAUGUUAUGUCAGUGCUAGACAAUUAUUAUUAAAUUAUCUGAACAAUUUUGUAUGUAAGACAUAGAACAUCGUUGAAGUUUCGUGUUGAUAGUUAUUUCGAAGGUGAAAAUUGUUUUUGUUUUACGAAAACUACUCUGUAUUUGAUGUUAUUUGGUCCUAUAUGUAUAGUGUAACUAUCCUUGCAAGUAAACUGAUAAUAGCCCCCAAAGAAGCGUCCAAAUUGCCCCGGCGACACGCCCCGAAGGAACCAUUAAACCCGGCGCCCUCCCGCGGACAGUGAUGGAUUAGUGCGGACCAAAACAAAAGACGAAAAUAUGUCACUCAGGCAUCUCGCCCUGCUGACUCUAGUGAUCUGCUCGGCCGGCUGCUGCGACCUGGAGCAGUUCUUUAGUGAGAGACAAGUGAGUGUGGAGGAGAGUGCAUCCUCGUCGGAGAUCGUAUUUCGAGGAGUGACGGUCGCAGAGGCGUCGCCGGAUGUGCCGGGCGUCUUCACGGCCUACUUCGAGUUAAUAAACACGUACAAAGGCGCCGAUGCUCUGAGCGCCUGGGGCGCGAACAAUUACAGGAUAAACGUGACUUUUCUAACAAGAUCUUCUGCGGAAUGUGCAGAGGGCAGCGAGAUCCUCAGAGAGUACAUCAUAUUUUGUGAUUUGGUGAAUGGAGAAAUCCGAGCAACGUCUGUUGCAAAAUGGGGCGAGGAAACAGAUGAAAGGGUUUGGGCGGCCUUAGGAUGGGGUAAGUGGAGCGAGUGGUCGUCCUGCAGCGUGUCCUGCUCCUCGGGCAUCCAACAGCGAACGCGGCGCUGCCGCCUGGCUAGCAGCUGUCCUGGUUUCAACGUGGAACAGCGUCAUUGUAAUCUAUUUGGCUGUGGCGAGACCGUAAAUCCGCUGGCUCUCGAGGAGAGGCGAUUUUUUCACCCCACGAAAGACCGAUGGCAGGCCGUCCCCGAUCGGCCGACGGCAUGGCGUCUUCGGCCCAAUUCCUACAUUUGGGUGCCCUCCACCCAGCUCUUCUCCGACGAGAAAAACCGCCCCUUCCCCAGGGAGUUCGCCUUAUUUGUGACUAUGAGACUACAUAAUGGAACUAUGGGAACAAUAUUCAGCCUGCGCUCAAGGCGUCGACAGGAUACUUACCUGUCCUUAGAGGUUGCAGGAUCCGACCUUAAGCUGAUACACGCCGCAGAAAACGGCACCGACGUAGUCAGAAUACCUGCGGAAUUGGAUGAUGGCCACUGGCACCAAAUUGCAGUCAGCAUUCGGGACGACAGCGUCGUGGAUAGUUACGUCGACUGUGAGUGGUCCAGGACUGACAUUUUGAGGUCCCACACGUUGGAUAUACCUGAGGACUCUGAUUUGAUCAUCGGAUAUUUGUUCACGGGUGACUUGGAGCAAUUAUCAAUUGUUUCAAACCCCGGAUAUGUGAAUCUACAAUGUGCACCGGAUAGAGUCCCCAUUAUAGACCCUGAGGUGGAAGACACUGUUGAAGCAAUUCAAGAAAAGUCUGGGAAGCACAUCGUGAUGAGGGUGCAUAAAGACAUAGACAACAAUAAAAUCGACUAAGAACUAUCAGUGAUAUAAUUAUUGGUACUAACAUUUGCUAGUUAAAUUUCGUAUUAAUAAUGUUUUAGAGAGAAAAAUAAAAGGAAAGUUUCUAUGUCAAAGGAAAGAAUUUGCCUAAAAAUUUAAAUACUUAUGUCUGUAAAUACAGAUUAAUCUGCAAAUUAGUGAAAUCAAAAUUAUUAUAAUAAAUUCUAAAGAUUUAAGUGUUUACUAAGACAUAAUUGUAUGUUAGAAAAAACUGCAUAUAAAUAAUGAAUAUCUUUAUAACUUUUGUAAUACGUUAUACAUGCCAUAUACAAAGGUCAUUAAUGUUUCAUUGUUUUUGUAAAUUAACUGUACCUGCUUGACAAUAGGCACUUGUUAAAUAAACACGGUGUGUUAUGUAGAUUAUUUAUUUACUAGACGAAACAGACAAUAAUUUUGUUUUAAGCGGGUCAUUAACAUAAAUCUAACACAUUAACUGUAUUAUAAAUGCGAUGUAUUUGCAUGUUCAUAAAAUAUUGUAAAUUAUUUAUUAGAAGAUUUUACUGUAAAUAGCGUCAUAAUCAUUUAUAUUAUGUCAAUAAACAUAUUAUAUA